AAAAUCCUCCUCAAUGUAUUCUUUGAUUAGCCUUUAGCUGGAAGAUGUAACUCUCAUUUUUAAGUUCCAAACAGCUUUAGAUUCAUUAUCUGAUAUCUUAUUUACCAAAAGGGAUCAGGUAAAAUUGAUCUUGCCUAAGUAACUUGCUAAUAUUUUAUUUGUUGAUAAAGACAUUAAUCUAGAUUCAAUUAGGGUCAGUUCAGAUUGCUUUCCCAGUAAAUUUAAAUUUUGACAUCUCAUCUCUAGUUCAGCUAAGGUUAUUACAGAUUGCUUGCCCAGUACAUAGAAUAUUGACAUAAUUUUUUAUUCGAUUUUGACUUUUAUCUUCCCCAAAAUUUGAUCUCUUACUAAUGCUUGUCUUCCAGAUUGUCUCGAGUCUUGAUCUUUUCAAUAGUUCUGGAAAAUGAUUUUUUUGGCAUUGAAUCCUUUUUGAAGAUUUUUUCAAACAUGCAAGUCAUGAGUUUGUUUGUACUUCCUUAUUUGGAUUGUUGUUUAUAAAAUAAAGGCAGAGGUGUCCACUGCUCCUCCUUUUUUAACUCAAGCAAUCUAAUAUUUAGAUCAUGGACCAGAAGCUAAUUGUUUAGUAUGUAGUACACAUGAUUUAGAGCUUUCAAUCAUCAUGUCUUUCUUGAGUUACUACAUGGAACUUUUAUAUUUUCAAGUUUAUAAAGGAGUUCAGUUCCUGCACAUUCUUUGCUUCUAGAUUCCCAGAAUAGGAUAGCCUGACCUAGCUAUAUUUAUCUUACAAAGUUCCAUUUUUCCAGGUUUUUAUUAAUUUCUAUUUGUUUGAAAAUUUAACUGUUCUUUGUAGUAAUUCACUUGCAAAUCAAAGAGGAACACUCAAUCUUGAGGAGUCUGUCUGUAUUUUGAUGAAAUAUUGGACCAAGUUGUAUCGAGUCAAAGAAGCUCAAACCAAAACCCGGAGAACAAGAUUGCAUUUGGAAGAAUUAGGCCCUACUUCUUUCUUUAUCUUCAGAUUAUUGCAUCAGUCUAUGAGCUUCAUCGUCUGUAUAGAAUACAGAAAGACCUGAUGAAUCAGUUUCAAACUAGAGGGUAUUAUGGAUCUUUCACACCGGCAGAAGCAUCACACUCAAAUUCUUUUUCAUCUCAAAUGCAAUCUGAAUGUACUGAAAAGAUAUUACAGAUAUCUCACCUUCCUCUGGGAAACAGUGGCGACGGAAAGACACCUUUUGCAGGCACCGAGAGGUCCCAUUUUAGUUUCUCAAGGGAAGGGAAUGUUCGAUCUGAUCAUUUCUCAUCACUAAAUGGAGCUUCUCAAAAGGACACCGAGGCACUUGAAUACAAGCCUCUGAAGAAAAGAAGAUUUAACCUUCAACUUCCAGCUGAUGUAUAUAUAGACACUGAAGAUACUGAUGGAUCUGUGCAGACUAAAAUUGUUGAGUUAUCGCAUAGUGCUAGUAUUUUCAAGAAUGGAAAUUGCUCUCUCUAUUCUGAGAAUGAUGUGAAGCUCACUCUAGGUAGUGAUCAUAAAGAAGAACAUCAGAUACUGAAUUCACCGACACAAUUUGGUAUAUCAGCCUGCAGUGCAGUUGAUUUAAAUAAACCAAUAACAGAAAUAUGUUAUGAAACUCCAGCAAAAUCAGCUUCUAUUCAAUUACUUGCCUUCGAGACUCACAGCAAUAGGAAUCAAGAGCAUCUUUUAUCUCUGAGAUCAAAGACUAAUUUCAUAGAACGACAUGUCAAUCACCAGACUACUUCAGACCUCUUGCAUAAGGAUGUACUCACAAAAAGAGAAUGGCCAUUAUUUAAUCAUGAAUCUGCGAACAAAGGGAGCACUGUGGAUUCUUUUUCUCAGACUUUCUAUGAUGAUAACGUUUCAACAUCAUCUGAAACUUUACAAUCAAACACUAAGAAAUGUCAUGAAUUUUCUUUAUUCAACCAUAAUAACCAAGAGACAUGGUCUAGACAAGAGCCAAUUCACAAUAUCCAGGCAUCUCUAAGACUCCCUCAUAUCACCUGCUCAAAUUCAUCGCUAGUGUCUCCCUCAACGCCUUCUACAAUGACAACUCCCAAGGCCGAUUUAAUCAGUUCUGCAUCUUCAUUUGUUUCAUCUUGGAUAAAACCUGCCAUCAGCAUUAGCAACAGGCAAACCAUGGUUCAAGCACUUCCAUGCUUCAGCGUGUCAUCUAAUCUUCCUAAUGGGAGCCUGGGUUCCAAGAUAGAUGCUCAAGUCCCUGUUACUUGUCAAAAUUGGAAAAAUAGUAAGAGACUGUCCACAAGCCUAGGUUUGGAUAUUAGGGUGCCUCAUGCAAAUGGAUAUCACCAUGGUCUUCAUCUGGAGUCCAGUUCAGAACUACAUACAGAAAUUGCAGUUUGUAAGCCAGACAAGGUUGAUGAUGCCAAUAGAGAUCUUCGUUAUCAUUUGCCUGAAAACUACACAAAGCAUUUCAGUAGCAGAGAUUUGAAAACUCACCUGGACCUAAAUCAAGUAUUUCCAAGUGAUGUUGAAGAUAAGAUUACCUUCAGACAGGAUAGAGUCAUUUGUGAUGUUAAUGAUAAGGUGCCAGUGGAUCCAUCUUCAUUCAGAAACAAAGCAUCCUAUAAUGAGGCUGUUGACUUGAGAAAAUAUGACUCGAGAGCAGAUUUUUGCUUUUCCAAUGGGCAUCGUCAGCUAAUUUCUAGCUCCAAUGUUGUUGCUCCCGGAGGUGAGAGGAAUGAAGGAAAAGAGCUGGAUUUCUCUCUAUGUACCAUGCCGGAAGUCACAUCAGCUUCACAGUUUAAGCAUUACAAAGUGCAGGGAAAUGAAGUUUCUGAUAACAAUGGGACAAUUAUUCUCGGUUUUCCUCUUCAUAAGACAACACAACAAAGCAGCAUAUCAGCUUCUCUUCGACGUAUGGGAAAACAUUUAUCUGGUAAUACUAUUAAGAAAAAUGGCAACAUGAUCAUCGAUGACUUGUCCUGUGAUAUACAGGUGCUGAAUUCACAGGAUAAUAUCCAUAUUGGUGAUUCAAUCACCGAAAUUUGUGGUGGAAACAACAGGGAAAAUUUUAGGAAUCACAUUCGUCCCAAUGCUGAGUUUGCAUGUAGAGAUGAACCUAUACCUUCAAAGAUAUUACCUAGAGAUGAGAUAGUGGUUCAGUCAUCAUAUGCUAAAUCCAGUGCAGGUGCAAAAAUUGCUUCUAACAUUGAUUCGGAAGCAAACAUUUCUCAGGCUCAAAUGGCAAUGAUAAAGAAGCAUAAACACAUUCCAUCAAGCAAGAAAGAUGGUUCGGAGGAAAAGGAUUAUUCUGGUUUUACACUUGUUAGAUUGGCUGCAGAGAAUUUAGUUGCUAUCUCUAUGGGUUGCAGAGGUCAUCCAGAUGACACCAAUUCCCACCCGUCAUCCCUGUCUCGAUUUUACACCUUGUGUUGGUUUGCAGAUGUAGUAGCAUCAUGCAGAUCAGAAAACCUAAGGCUGCUAGGUGAUAGUGGAGAUGGCGGAACUCAAUCUUCAGAUGAUGAUGGUUUGGAUAUCUUUGAGGCAAUGACACUAAAGCUCCAAGAAAUUAAGGUGGAUCAGUAUUGGUUGAGAUCAAAGGAACUUGAGAUCAAAGAUGAACAUGAAGGCAAACAAGAUGUAGGUGCAGCUUCAUUGCUUUUCGCAAAACCUCGGCGUGGCCAGGCAAGAAAGAGAAGGCAGCGGCGAAGAGACUUCCAGAAAGAUAUUCUGCCAGGUCUUGCAUCACUGUCAAGGCAUGAAGUUACAGAGGAUCUCCAAACUAUUGGAGGGAUGAUGAAAGCAUCAGGUAGGCCUUGGCAGACAGGUCUAACAAGACGAAACAUUGGUCAAAGUGGAAUAAACUCCCAAACAAACAGGAGGAAGCAGCCUAGAAGUUUGUCCAUCACAUUUGAGGAGAUAGGGGUGAGCUCACUUCCACCAUCUCAACCGAGUAAUUCUGAAAUAACAAUAGAUAAAGUGGGUAUGAUCGGAUGGGGAAGGACGACAAGGCGAUGCCGUAGGCAGAGAUGCCUUCCUGUUAGUCUCGCUACUCAUUGAACCUGAAAAGGAGCACUACACAUGCAAAUGCUUGUUUUAUAGAGGAAUUCAGACUGGUUCCUUAAUGGUGCAAGUGGAAGGUACUAAAUAUUCAUGAAAUGUAGUUUUUUAUAUGUUAUUAUUAGUUUUAAUUUGGGGUUGGUGACAGUCAAUAACAGCUUGUAAAUUCCAAAAUAUCGUUGCAUUACUACAUGAAACGAAAAAAAGAACAUUUGAUUGAUAGAUUCCAUGAAGUCUAAGCUCAUUUUUUGUGGGGACACUCCUGAGUAA